AUGACAGAAAAUAAUAGCAAUCAUUUAUUCGUUAAUCUAUCUCAUGUUCUUUUAUCAAAGAUACAUAAUCAAUUAACAAACAACUUUGAUAGAUUAAGAUUUAGUUUAACUUGUAAGAAAUGGUACAAUGAUAAAGAUCAUUACUUUAGUUUCAUUGUAGAUGACAUUCAAUCUACAACCGAUAGUCAUUCAUUAAACAUAUUAAAACAAUCAAUUGCAUUGUCAUCCUAUAGUAAUCUAUUAGUUAAAUCAUUACAAUCAAAGAGCAAUUGUAAAUUAGGUAUAUCUAAUGGUAAAACACACCUUUAUACAGAUUAUAAAUAUAAUUUAAUAAGAAAUAAUAUAAAAGAUUUAGAGAUAGAUAAAUCAAUAUAUAAAAUAGAAAUAUGGGAUUGGAAUGAUAAUAAUAUAUUGGAUGAAAGAUUCAUAGAGAAACUUAUCAAUUCAAAUGUUUGUCAAAUAGAUAUACUUUGCAAUGUACUCACAUCAUUUAAACAACUACCAAGUAAUAUUAAACAAGUAAAGUGUACAUUUGGUUUUCAUAUGAAACUGUUACCAUCGAAACUAGAGAGAUUACACUUUAUACCAACAGUUUCAAAGUUUAAUAUUACAUCUUCAGACUUUGAUAUGAAAUUAUUACCUCAAUCAUUAAAAUUCUUACAGAUAGAUAUGGCAAAUUUCAUUUUGAAUAUUGAAACUUUACCACCCAACCUGGAAGAGUUUAUUUGUUUUUCAAGAAUAAACAUUCAACAAUGUCAAUCUCCUAUCAUUCCACAUUCUCUUUUUUCACUUACAUGUACAUUCAAAUUUUGGAAACAUUUGAUAUCAAACAGUCCUAUACCAACAACUAUUAAAUAUAUGGAUCUAAGUACUCAGUAUGAUGAUUUUCUGCAAGCAAAUUGUAUUCCAGAGUCAGUGGAAACUCUGAAAUUAUACUUUGGAUUUGGUUGUCACUUGACCAAAGAUCAAUUUCCAAAAACACUUUUAAAUCUUGAAAUCAUGGUUGAAAAUUUCGAAAUGAUUACAUGUGAAAUCGAUUUAUUCAAAUAUAUGAAUCGUUUGGAGUCACUAACGAUAGAAGGAGCAGAAGAUUGUAAUUUUGGACAACUUCCAAAGAAUAUACGUUUCCUCAAUCUACAAGGACCAAAUGUAAAGUUUGAAUUACCUGAUGGUUUCAUUAUAGAUAGUUAUCUUUUAAAGAAUAAAGAUUUUCCAAACAUAUCAAAUUCUAUACCAAACAAUUGUAAGAGUUUAAAAUUUAGCAAUAAUAUAAAUCAACCAUUAAAAAUAGGUAUGAUUCCAAAUCAAAUUCAAUCUAUUGACUUUGGAUCAUACAAGUUAAGCAUCGUACCAAGUGUAAUUGGUUCGUCAAAUCUCAAUCAUAUAAAGAUAUCAUACUCUAAUAUCUUGUCAAAUUUUACAACAAAGACAUUCCCGUCGAAUAUCAAUUCAAUUCAAUUCAGUUAUAGAAUCAUAGUUGUUCAUUUCUCUAGGUUGGAUGAAAACUAUUUUAUUUAUCAAUUUAAUUUACGUAGCUAUCAAAUUGGUUUAAUUAAUAUAAACAAAAUUGUAUCCUAUUUAAAAGAUAUUGAAAAAAAUAUAUUAUAA